AUGCCAUUGGAAAAGAAAGAAAUAGAGGACAAUGAGGACCCCGAUCAAAAAUUCACAGCCUUUGCCAACCGUGGUAAUUCAGAUUUCAAAUGGCAACGGGCGCGGAAUGUAUUGGGAGUACUGGAAGUCUAUUCCGAACCUAUUUUAAAACCAAGAGAAGAUCUGAAACCUCGACGAGUAAAGGGGAGAGAAACAGCCUUUGAAGAAGCUCUCAAAGCAUGGGAAAAGGAAAAACUGAGACAGGACCUGAUAGAAGCUUUGGAGAAUUUACCAGUGGAGACGUGUUGCUGUGGGUUCAUGGAAGAUAACGAUUCUACGAAAAAGCAACUGGUGAAAUUGCUGAAUGAUUUCUGGGCCAAAAAGGCCAGCAAGAAACUGCAGCGUCACGGAUUUAAAGUGGAUGCUUUCUUGUGGAAUUGGCAAAAUGCAUCAGGCAAGGCAGAGACGAAUAUAAUACUCAUUCGAUUUUAUAUGGUGGCAUCCUAUGGACUGCGGGCAGCCUCCAGAAGUGGUGGGUUCGACGUUUCGGAACGGACCGAAGAAGUAUACAAUAAUGAUUUUACUGGAAACACGCAACGAAGUAAAUCAGCAGAUAUGACAUUGGACGACAAAUCAGAUCAUCUAACUCGUUCGGAAAAAAGAAGUAAAUCAGUUGAUAUGGUAUUCAACGACAAAUCGGGUGAAAAAAUUUAUGAUGCGUAG